CUAACAGUCCUUGUUUUAGUACAAUUUUCCAUCUUAAAAUGCGUUGUCUACGUUGCCCCGCGUUGUUGACGGUACCCUAUGCUUGGGAAUAUGCUAAGUCGGAAAUUCCUGCUUUAGUGAGCAGCGCAUAACAUUCUGUGUCUCUCAUCUUGACACUAUAUGAAAACUCCCUUAUUAAAAUAAUGGCAAUAAAUCGUGAGCAAACGUCAAGCGAUUUUGUACUCAUUUGGCCAUACGAAAUUCAGUGCCACAUUUUCUCAUUCUUGUCAACGGAAGAGCUCGUUGAAUGCUUGAACGUCUGCUUGCAAUGGCAACGUCAACUCUUGCAGUGUACAAGUCUUUGGCACGAUCUGCAACUUACGAACAUCCGCCCUGAUUGUUUCCAAAUGCUACAUCACAAUACUGCCCAUGUCAAAGCACUGUUCAUAAACGACGACGGUACCGAUCUAAAAGCUGCAUUCCAGAUGUUAAUGUCUUGUGAUUUUGAAAACUUGAAAUCGUUGAUACAAAUCAUCAUACUUUUUUUGAUAUAGCUCUUAGGGUAGAGUUUCCUGACAACGAUUUAUUUCAAAGCGUGAUUUAUCCAGCAUUACGCAAUGUUGGCAGCUCCUUAGAUGAGGUGGAUUUUGCAUAUUUCGAUUUCAAAACACUGUC